ACCUGUGUUCCUCUUCUUCAUCCACCAUUAACGGAUGUCGAGAAAAUAGGAAGCGAACGACGGAUAUAGAGAGAGAAAGGAGAACCAAAGAGUUUUUACUUGCUUUAUUUCUCCUCUUAUAUCAUUUAUUAUUAUUAGACUCUUCACAUCUUCAUCUCCAGGCGGCAAGUUUUGCCGCCGGAUUGAAAAAAAUUAAAAAAAAAAACUAUACCAUUCUUCACUGAUUAAUCAAAUCAUCACCAUUUCCCAUUACUUUUUUUUUCUUUUUAAUUUCUCCUCUAUUCCUUUCCUGCAUCAUCUUUGAUUUGUUUAAUCGAUGGAGCAACCAAAAACUCCCUUCAAGGGAGUCAUUGAUGAUGUUAAAGGAAGGAUAACAUGCUAUAAACGCGAUUGGCUCGACUCAUGUGGUACAGGCGUGAGGAUAUUGGCUCCAACAGCAUACAUUUUCUUUGCUUCUGCUCUUCCUGUUAUUGCUUUCGGGGAGCAAUUGAGUAGAGAAACAGAUGGAGCUAUGAGCACAGUUGAAACUCUUGCUUCUACUGCUAUAUGUGGAAUCAUCCAUUCAAUUUUCGGUGGACAGCCUCUCUUGAUCUUAGGAGUUGCAGAGCCUACCAUCAUCAUGUACACCUACUUGUACAAUUUUGUGAAGGGUAGACCAGAAAUGGGGCCAAAGUUGUUUGUCGCCUGGGCAGGAUGGGUUUGUGUGUGGACCGCGUUGAUGUUGUUUCUUCUUGCUAUAUUCAACGCUUGCAAUAUCAUCCCUAGGUUUACGAGGCUUGCAGGGGAACUCUUUGGCAUGUUAAUCACAGUUCUUUUCCUCCAAGAGGCUAUAAAGGGAGUAGUGAGUGAAUUUUCAAUUCCAAAAGGUGAAAAUCCAGAACGAGAGGAGUUCCACUUUGAAUGGCUCUACACCAAUGGGUUAUUGGCAGUUAUUUUCUCGUUUGGUGUGCUUUUAGCUUCUCUUAAAAGUAGAGGAGCUAGAUCAUGGCGUUAUGGUACAGGUUGGAUGCGAAGUUUUAUAGCCGACUAUGGGGUUCCCCUUAUGGUUGUGUUAUGGACAGCAAUGUCUUUCGGUGUGCCUGGAAAAAUUCCUUCUGAAGUUCCUCGAAGGCUCUUUUGUCCUCUCCCUUGGGAGGCUAAAUCAUUAUACCACUGGACUGUGAUCAAGGAUAUGGUAAGGGUCCCGGUGUUGUAUAUCUUUGCUGCCAUCAUUCCAGCUCUGAUGAUAGCUGGUCUAUACUUUUUCGAUCAUAGUGUUGCUGCACAGAUGGCACAACAGAGCGAGUUCAAUCUUAAAAACCCAUCUGCUUACCAUUAUGAUCUGUUUUUGCUUGGAGUCAUGACUUUGAUAUGCGGAUUACUUGGGAUUCCCCCUUCAAAUGGGGUACUUCCACAAUCACCAAUGCAUACAAAGAGCCUUGCUGUACUCAAGAGACAGCUGAUUCGGAAGAAAAUGGUGAAGAGUGCGAAGGAAGGUAUUAAGCAGAAUGCAACAAAAUCAGAGAUAUACGGAAAGAUGCAUGCCGUUUUCGUUGAGAUGGAUGCUACAUCAAAGCGCACGGCAGAUAGGGAUUUGGAGAACUUGAAGGCAGCUGUAAUGAAACAUGAAGAUGGAGAAAAUGGAACAGACGGAAAAUUUGACCUUGAGAAGCACAUUGAUGCACACUUGCCUGUCCGAGUAAAUGAGCAAAGAGUCAGCAACUUUUUGCAAUCUCUACUUGUGGGAUGUAGUGUGUUUGCUAUACCUGUGAUCCGUAGGAUACCCACCUCAGUUCUUUGGGGAUAUUUUGCCUACAUGGCCAUUGACAGUCUCCCUGGUAAUCAAUUCUGGGAGAGGCUGCUGUUGCUUUUCAUUCCUUCGGGUAGAAGAUUCAAGGUAUUUGAAGGGCUCCAUGCCUCCUAUAUUGCGUCGGUCCCAUUCAAAUACAUUGUCAAGUUUACGAUGCUCCAGUUGGUGUAUUUCUUAAUUUGCUUUGGAGUAACAUGGAUACCUAUUGCUGGAAUACUAUUCCCUGUGCUUUUCUUCCUUCUCAUAGCUGUAAGAGAGCAUGUUCUUCCCAAGUUUUUCCCAUCUGAGUAUCUUAAGGAAUUAGAUGCAGCUGAGUACGAAGAAAUUGCUGGUGUUCCUAAGGAGAGAGAGAUAGCUGAUGAAGAAAAUGAUGAUGAUUUCUCUGAUUCUGAGAUAUUGGAUGAGAUGACAACACACAGAGGUGAACUAAAACAUAGAUCUGUCAGCCUCACCGAAAGGCAGCAUCAGGUGUAUCCACACGACACACCUGGAAUGUAAUGGCACCUGAUGCAUCAACGUAAAUGAUACAACUCAUUGCGACUCUCAAUCAAAGUACUUCCAGGGGGGUCAUUAUAAUUUUGACAAAUCUUUUCAGUUGUGAAAAAUGUGUAAUAGAAAGAAUACAUAAAAAGAAAGAUGUGAGUAGAUAAGAGCGGGAGAUGAAGAUAUAACAAAAGAAAAAAAGAAGGAAAAAAGCACGAGAUCUUUUGUACAAACUUAUAUUCUUUCAUAGUAAUGAAGCUAAGUAAUAUAGAAGUUUGCUGCUGGUUGAAAAAUUUGUAUAAUUCUGAAUGCUUUUUUUUUUGUGUUAUUAUUUCAUUUUUUGGCAAAGGUUGAAGGUGUUGACUAGAUGAUGUUUGUAUUAUACAAAUGAGUCACUGUGAAA